GGGGCGGGCUCCGGGCUCGGGCGGACGAUGCGGCGGCGCGGCCGGAGCGGCGGCGGGAAGCGGGGGCGGAGGUGACGCGCUCGGGCCGGCGGCCGGGCCAUGCAGCGCUCCCGGGCGGCCGCGGACGAGGCGGCCCUGCUCCUGGCCGGGCUGGCCCUGCGGGAGCUGGAGCCGGGCGGCGACUCCCCGGGCCGGGGUCGGCGGGGGCCGCGGCCCGCGCCGGGGGACGAGGCGGCGCAGGCGCAGGCCCGCCGAGGGAAGGGCGGCGGCGGCGGCGAGGCCGGGGCGGACGGCCCGAGCCGCGCCGAGCGAGGCCUGCGGCGCGCGGCGGCCCCCGAGCUCAGCGCGCAGCCUGCGGGCAGCCCGCGGGCCAGCCUGGCGGGCUCGGACGGCGGCGGCGGCAGCGCCCGCUCCAGCGGCAUCAGCCUGGGCUACGACCAACGCCACGGCAGCCCGCGCCCCGGCCGCUCGGACCCGCGCCCCGGCCCCGGGCCGCCGUCGGUGGGCAGCGCCCGCUCCAGCGUGUCCAGUCUGGGCUCCCGCGGCUCGGCCGGCGCCUACGCCGACCUGCUCCCGCCCGGCGCCUGCCCCGCGCCGGCGCGCUCCCCGGAGCCCGCGGGGCCGGCCCCCUUCCCGCUGCCUCCGCUGCAGCUGCCCGCGGCCCGGGAGGGCGGCCCGAGCGCGGCGGAGCGGCGGCUGGAGGCGCUGACCCGAGAGCUGGAGCGGGCGCUGGAGGCGCGCACGGCGCGGGACUACUUCGGCAUCUGCAUCAAGUGUGGGCUUGGCAUCUACGGAGCAAGGCAGGCGUGCCAGGCGAUGGGGAGCCUGUAUCACACCGAUUGCUUCACCUGCGACUCCUGUGGGAGACGACUCCGAGGGAAAGCGUUCUACAACGUGGGUGAGAAAGUGUACUGCCAAGAGGACUUCCUGUACUCCGGGUUCCAGCAAACGGCUGACAAGUGUAGCGUGUGUGGACACCUCAUCAUGGAGAUGAUCCUGCAGGCCCUCGGGAAGUCCUACCACCCAGGCUGCUUCCGGUGCUCCGUGUGCAAUGAGUGCCUGGAUGGGGUGCCCUUCACUGUGGAUGUGGAGAACAACAUCUACUGUGUCAGAGACUAUCACACGGUUUUUGCACCAAAAUGUGCCUCCUGUGCCCGUCCUAUCCUCCCUGCACAGGGCUGUGAGACCACCAUCCGUGUGGUGUCCAUGGACAGAGACUACCACGUGGAAUGUUAUCACUGUGAGGACUGCGGGCUGCAGCUGAGCGGGGAGGACGGACGCCGCUGCUACCCCCUGGAGGGCCACCUGCUGUGCCGACGCUGCCACCUGCGGCGCCUCCGGCCAGGCCCGCUUCCCUCCCCUGCCGUGCACGUCACUGAGCUCUGAGCAGGGCAGGGAGCCCGACCUUGGGGGGGCGGGGACGGGGGUGUGGGUGCGAGUGUGAGUGUGAGUGUGGGCGGGAUGGGUGGCCCAGGUCAGAGUCCGAGCUUGCGUGCUCCCACCCUGGCCCCACCCCACUUGCCCCCAGCUGCUGUCCGAGGGGCCGGCCCCGCGGCGAAGCUGCUUCUAUUUAUUCACCGUCUGUGCCUCCUCAAGCCGUGUCCCUUUUUCCCAGCUCUGCCUGCCCCCCACCCCACCCCAGCACUGGCCUCUGUUGCGGGACCGCCUGUGCCCCGCGGCCUCAGGGGCAGGCUCCCAGACCGGCUGUGGGUCACGGGGCUGGAGACGGCCUCUACCGCGUGCAGGGGCACGGGGUACACGGCCACCUUCCCCCGACUGGCCUCAGAGUGGUAGCCAGUUUCCCUGUUUGGAAGGGACCUGGGACCCCCUCCCUGAGCUCCCCAGGGAAGGGGGUGGUCUGGCAGGGGACUUGGCGGAGGGCAGGUGUGCAGUGUGCCGGCUGGUGGGUGGGAAGGCUGCUUUGUGUGGAUGGGGUCACGGGAGGGUCGAGGAGUCACACCUUUGGGGAGAGGGGCCUGCAAAGGAGCCCUGCCUUGGCCAUGGUGGUCGCUGUGGGAUUUGGCCACCUGACAUCUGAUGGGUGUGUUAAGCCACUAUCCCGCCUCAUCUCCCCAUCCCUGGCUCCUGGCUGGGGGACCAUCCCCCUCCAACCACCCCAUCCUUCACCUCGGGAGGAGAACCUUCUGACGCGGAAUUCCAGCACAGGUCUCGUCCACAGAUGCCGUGUGGGCACCCCCUGCAUGCAGGGGGAGCACCUGGGCGGGAAAGCCCUGUCUAUCAGGCCCCACAACAAAAGCAGAGGAUUUGACUUAAAUUAAGUUUUUCCUUCAAGAAUAUUUUCGUUUUCUUUAAAAGAAUAUAGUUUUCUUCUAAAACCUUGGCCCACAGUUGUUAUUUCUUAGAAAAAUGAGAAGUGCACAGAUGUCCAAUUGUAUAUCAUACAUCUAGUUUUCAGGUGGUAAAAACAUUGUAGUUUAACUAUUUUUGUAUAAAUUCCUCUAAAAUCUCAAA